GGUAAAGGCACAAUGUAUGAACUUCCAAGGUAGUAGUCACUACAAAGUACAAACGUUGACAACACAGAACACAGUGACUGUGGUGUGAGUUUUGAGAAGAGAAGAAGAAAGAAAAUGGGGAGGGUGAUUGAGAGACCCAAAUCUGAGUACGAAUCUCUCAGAAAUGCUCGCAUGUUAGAGAACCAGGCUCGGUUGGAAUCUCUGGGAAUUUUGAAUAAAGUUUCACAGCUUCGACAACAAGCCUCUGCUGCUCAAACCAAGAAACCUCCUCGCCCCUAUCGCAAAAGGGUCUACGGUCUCACCCCUUUGCGCCGCUCCCAGCGAAUCAACGCCACAACUACUGCCGCCACCAGCCCAGCUGCUGCUAAAGCCGUUUUACAGCGACGCUCUCAGCGUUUGACGAGGAGUUCAAUCCCCACUUCGCUCCCUAAACAAGAGACGGUAACUUUACGUGAAGGGGGAGAAGAGGAGAAGCGGCCUGCCAAUGCACCUCUCGUUGAACUGAAGAAUGUAGAGCUUUACAUUUUAGCAGAGAAUUCUGCUCGGCGCUGCCAUAGCAAGGGCAGAGGUAGUGUCUACAAUGGUGUUCUGGGGAUAUGCUGCCAUUUCUGCAGGCAAAAGAAAUUGUGUGGUGAAGAAGACUGCAAAAGAUGUGGCAAAUGUGAUGUGGAUGAGCCCUGCCUAGGAAAGACUGAUUGUUCGGUCUGUCACUCCAGCACUGGUGUUUUCUGCAGAGCCUGUCUCAAGGUUCGGUAUGGUGAAGAAAUAGAGGAGGUAAGAGAGAACAAGGGAUGGAUGUGCCCACAUUGCAUUGAAGAGAAAGGAAUAAACCCCUACUGGAUAUGCAACAGUUCAGUAUGUCUGAGGAAACGGAAGAUGCCUCCAACUGGGCUAGCAAUAUACCAAGCUAGGGAAAUGGGAUACAAAUCAGUGGCACAUCUACUAAUGGAAGAGCUUAAACGUGGACAGAGGUGCAAAAGAUAAGGAUUCAUUCCAUAUAUCAUAUAUGAUCAAAGAUGUAAUCAGCAGUUACUUUCUAACUAGGUAGAAUUUACCCCAUUAAUAUUCAAGACCGAAUUUAGAUUUCUAGUGACACUCAUUUGCAUUUAUAUGAAGAACUCACUUUGGCUAUUUGUGUUGGAUACUUGGAUCUAUAUCACGUUGGCUAUUUGUAUGUAAUGAGUGUUGGGUAUUUGGAUCUAUAUCAUAAUGUCAAGCCUUUUAUGGGCAAUUUGUCACCUCAAUAACAAGAGUCUCUAGAAUGUGACACAUUUAUUGUAGGGAAAAUUUGAAGAAAUUGGUGAUAAUUAAAAUGAAAUUAAGAGACGUGUGUACGUGGAACUA